CGGCUCAAAAUCAAAUACCUUCGUGCCUUUUCUCUCUCCACCUUCUGUGUCUUCUAUUUCUGCUUCUGUCUGAGGGUGUUCCCCUAGAGCCUCACGAUAUUGUUCCGCUUCAAAUACUUUCAAGGUGGCUUGAAAUGGGUAAUAAAGCUUCAAAAGCGAAGAACAUAAUGGAGUUAUAGAAUUAGUCGUCUGUACUCCUAUUGAAACAGCUGAGGUUAGCGAGAGCACCUUCUGUAAUGAAGACUCUCAGCAAAGAUGAAAUCGACUUGGAAGAUGGGAAGGUGGACAGAAAUAAAGAGAAAACAAUACACAGCAACAGGGUAGUGAAAAUUCACAACCAUGCUUUGUUGUCUGGUCUUGCUUAUUGCAUAUCAUCCUGCAGCAUGAUAUUGGUUAACAAGUUUGUGCUAUCCUCCUACAAUUUUAGAGCUGGUAUAUCUUUAAUGCUCUAUCAGAAUUUGAUCUCUGUGGUUAUUGUAUCAAUCUUGAGUUUUUUGGGCAUCAUAUCAACAGAACCCCUUACAUGGAGAUUGAUUCGGGUCUGGUUCCCUGUGAAUGUUAUAUUUGUUGGGAUGCUUAUUACAAGCAUGUUUAGCUUGACGUACAUGAAUGUUGCUAUGGUAACAGUCCUGAAGAAUGGCACCAAUGUGAUCACUGCCGUUGGUGAAAUGUAUCUUUUUAAGAAGCAUCAUGACAGCAGGGUCUGGGUUGCAUUGUUCUUAAUGAUCAUUUCAGCAAUUUCUGGAGGAAUUACAGAUCUUUCUUUCCAUGCCGUUGGCUACAUGUGGCAAACUAUUAAUUGCUUCUUGACGGCAUCAUAUUCGUUAAUGCUACGCAGGGUCAUGGAUACAGCAAAGCAAGUCACCAAAUCUGGAAACUUGAAUGAAUUUUCAAUGGUGUUGCUCAAUAACAUUCUUUCUUUGCCUCUGGGCAUUCUGCUUAUUUUUCUGUUCAAUGAGGUGGAUUUUCUCUAUAACACGCCACUUUUGAAGAUGCCUAUGUUUUGGCUGGUGCUGACAUCAAGUGGAUUUUUGGGCCUUGCGAUCAGCUUCACUUCAAUGUGGUUUCUUCAUCAGACUGGGGCGACAACAUAUAGCCUUGUGGGGUCGCUGAAUAAGAUUCCUCUCUCCAUUGCUGGGAUAAUGCUUUUCAAUGUCCAAACUAGUCUGGAAAACUGUGCAAGCAUUCUUUUUGGUCUUUUGGCAGGAGUGUUUUUUGCCAGAGCCAAAAUGUUUGAGAAAUCUCAGUCCUGAGAUUGAGACUGCUCUAUUUCUCCACGCUGCUUUGCAGUGUAGUUGCAGCUUCUGCACCCAGUUAUCUUCGAUGCAUAUGACCCUAUAUGGAUAUACUGGCAAAGAUUUGCAGAUCGAACCAGUAAGGAUUCAAUCAAGACUUCGGGGAGAAAGAGUUUGUCUUUGAGAUGAAAAUAUCAUAGUUACUCAUCAAAGAUAUCCUCUUUCUUUUGACUUCUACCUGUGUUGUACAAUGUGAGUACUUAGAUCGCGUUACCUUUAUUUUCUUGGUUUUGCUAAGAAUGCUGUAAUUUGAUCAUCUGCAGAAGUUGGGUUUAUGAGAUUUUUUUU